AUGGAAUUUAUUCUAUUUAGUUUAUCACGCUGUACAGAGACAAAUGGAAUCUUUAAAAAAGUUUUCAAUGAUAAAAUUGUUGUUAUAGAUGCAAGCGGAUCUUCUAAACAGUUUAUAAAUGGAAGCAUACAAUUAACAAAACCAGAAAACGCCAUUUAUCCAUUUGAUAAGGACUAUGAUUGGUGUUCAAAUUGCGCUUCGAAUUAUGAUGAUCACCCAUUCAUUACAUUUUCACUAUUAAAGAAAAGAUUUUAUUUCAAUUUGUAUUACCUUAAAGCUGGUUGCUGCCAUGAUGAGUGCUGCUGUGAAGAUGCACUUUACUGUGUCCAAUGCUGCUUAUUCAGCUGGUCACUCCAAAUUUCGGCUGAUAAUAAGACCUGGACGGAUGUACAUAAGAUUGAACGAGACUACAAAAUGAGGAGAUGCAAUGAAAAAACAUACACACUCGAUAAAUCCUAUUCCGCCAAAUUUAUUCGUUUAAUUCAAAAUGAGCCUUGUCCUGGCGAUCCACCAUGCAUAGCUCUGAACAAAAUGGAAAUAUUUGGGGAAAUUUCAAAUGAAGAUGGAUCUGAAAUUCAAGAAGAUUUUGUUUCAUACCAUGAUGACGACGAUGACGUUAGUAUCAUCGGCCAUAUUUCAAAAAACGGAAAAGUUAUAGUUAAUUAA